AUGGAGAGAUCUUACUUGAUAUUAAUCAUUCAACUCACUUUCUCUAUCACCGCCUUGGCCUUCCCUCGCGAGACAGGAAUCCACAAGCAAGUGCAGCCUACCAAUGUCGUGACGGCUGAACCACCAGGUAUCACCGAGGAAGGAUCCCUGCGGUGCUUCGAUGGAGCCACCAUCCUGCAUACAACAGACUGUACGAUGGGAACCCCAGUCUCAUUCUGUUACAAGCCUCAGCCACCGAUCACCUGCGACGAAGGCUCCUUCCCUUCAGUGUGGCAUCCUGAUCAUUGUAUGGAGGUGUCGACUUGCUUCCCCACAGAUGCAGACUGGAUCACCACUGAAUGCUCCAACGGUGCCGUGCCGAUAUCGACUGAAACACUAUACAGUGGAACAUUGGCGGGAGAAGAUAAUGCCCUGAUAACUUGUCAGUUGAGAACCCAAGACUUGUUUUGA